GAUGAAAAGCAUCCCCUGCUACAAAAGCAUGCCAAGACUCAAUUUGUAAACAACUCUAUUAAGACAAUCUUUCUUGGUUCUUGCCCAUCAACAAUAGAGGGUAAUCAAUUGGUACAUCCAAAAUCAUCAAAUAAAAAGAAACAAUAUCAAGUUGUUCUAAAUGGGGUCCUUUUUUAUUAUAUUGCCUUCUUUUACCUUUCACAUCUUCUUCUUGCUGUUGUUUACUCAUUUUACUUCCUACACUUUCUCAUUAUGCAACCAUCAUGACAGCUCUGCAUUGUUACAAUUCAAGAACACUUUUUUUGUCAACACUUCAUCUACACCUGCCGAUACUUGGUACUCUUGGUACCCUAGGUGUUCCUCUUUUUCUUUCAAGACCGAAUCCUGGAAAAACAGUACAGAUUGUUGCGAGUGGGAUGGUGUGACGUGCGACCACAUAUCAGAUUACGUGAUUGGUCUGGACCUUAGUUGCACCAAUUUGAAAGGUAAGUUACAUCCCAAUAGCACUAUCUUCCAGCUUAGACACCUUCAACAACUCAACUUGGCUUUUAAUAAUAUUUCCUCCUCUUCAAUACAUGCUGGUAUUGGUGAUCUAGUGAAUCUUACACAUCUAAAUCUGUCAAACUGUUACCUUAGUGGUAAUAUUCCCUCCACAAUCUCUCAUUUGUCAAAAUUAGUAUCACUUGAUCUUAGCAAUCGUCCGUGGGGGGAAUUGGAACUCAAUACAUUCACAUGGAAGAAACUCAUUCACAAUGCUACUAAUUUAAGGGAGCUUUAUCUUGAUCAUGUGAAUAUGUCUUCAAUCAGAGAGAGCUCUUUGUCUAUUGUAAAGAAUUUGUCAUCCUCUUUAGUUUCUCUUAGCCUAGCAUAUACUAGGUUGCAAGGACAUUUGUCAAGUGACAUCCUAUCUUUACCUAAUCUUCAAAGACUAGAUUUGUCAUCUAAUUACGACCUUAGUGGGCAACUUCCAAAGUUCAACUGGAGCACUCCUCUAAGGUACUUGGACCUCUCUUCCAUUGCUUUCUCAGGUGAAAUUCCUGAUUCCAUAGGUAAGUUGAAGGCUCUUACUCAUUUAGUCCUUUCAUGGUGCUAUUUUGAUGGGAUGGUUCCUCCAUCUUUGUGGAACCUCACCCAACUAACAUAUUUGGACCUUUCAGAAAAUAAUCUUAACGGUGUGAUUUCACCAUUACUUUCAAACCUCACACAUCUCAUUUCAUGUGAUCUUUCAGAUAAUAACUUCAGCGGUAACAUCCCACCAAAUGUUUAUGGAAAUUUAAACAAACUGGAAUUUUUAAUACUUUACGCUAACAACCUAACAGGCAUAAUUCCAUCAUCAGUUUUUCAGCUACCUCGGCUUUCCAAUUUACGUUUAUCCGAUAAUAAACUAGUUGGACCAAUUCCAAUUGAAGUCACAAAACGUUCAAAAUUGAGAGUUGUGAGUUUAGGUUAUAACAUGUUAAAUGGAUCAAUUCCGCAUUGGUGUUAUUAUUUGUCUUCAUUGGUAGAGUUGUACCUCAGCAACAACCACCUCACAGGGUUCAUUAGUGAGUUCACAACUUAUUCUCUGCAAUAUUUGGAUCUCUCUAAUAACAACCUACAUGGUCAUUUUCCAAAUUCAAUAUUUGAACUCCAAAACCUUACCUUCUUAGGUUUGUCAUCAACAAAUGUGAGUGGUGUUGUGGAUUUUCACCAAUUUUCAAAAUUUAACAGACUAAAAUUUCUCAAUCUUUCCCACAAUAGUUUUAUUUCCAUCAACAUUGAUAGCAAAGUUGAAUCCAUCUCAUCACCUUACCUUGAAACGUUAGAUUUAUCUUUUAGUAAUACUAAUAGUUUUCCUAAGUUCCUUACACCAGUACCAAAUCUCCAAUGGUUAGAUCUCUCUAAUAACAACAUUCAUGGGAAAAUUCCCGAAUGGUUUCAAAAGCUCUUAAACUCAUCAGAAAGCAUUUAUUACAUUGAUCUUAGUUUCAACAGGUUUCAAGGAGAUCUUCCAAUUCCACCCUAUCACACUUACUACUUUUUACUCUCAAAUAACAACUUCAAAGGAAGCAUUUCUUCAACAUUCUGCAACGCAUCCCUGGAGGUGCUCAAUUUAGCACACAACAAAUUAACAGGAAUGAUCCCACAAUGUUUGGGAACACUUCCUUAUCUUUAUGUAUUGGAUUUGCAAAUGAAUAACCUUUAUGGAAGCAUGCCUAGAAAAUUUUCGAAAAUAAAUUCUAUUGAGACUAUAAAGUUGAAUGGCAAUCAAUUGGAAGGUCCAUUACCACGCUCUUUGUCUCAAUGUAGAUUUCUUAAAGUUUUGGACCUUGGAGACAACAUCAUAGAGGAUGUAUUUCCCAAUUGGCUAGAAAUUCUAUCUGAGUUACAAGUACUGAGUUUAAGAUCAAAUAAACUUUAUGGUACAGUCACAUGUUCCAGCACCAAAGAUCCAUUUCUCAGGUUGAGAAUUUUUGAUGUCUCUAACAACAAUUUUAGUGGCCCCUUGCCAACAUCAUGUAUUGAAAACUUUCAAGGAAUGAUGAAUGUGAAUAAUGGUAACCCAACCGGUUUGCAAUACAUGGAACACAGUGGUGGUUACUAUGAAGAUUCUGUGUUGGUCAUAAUGAAAGGUUUUUCUAUGAAGUUAACGAGGAUAUUGACUACUUUCACAACUAUUGAUUUAUCAAAUAACAUGUUUGAAGGUGAAAUUCCACAAGUCAUUGGAGAUUUAAAUUCGCUUAAAGGUCUCAACCUUUCAAACAAUGGAAUCACAGGUAAUAUUCCACAAUCUUUGAGUUAUUUGAGAAAUCUAGAGUGGUUGGACCUCUCAAGGAACCAGUUGAGGGGUGAGAUUCCUAUGGCUCUCACAAAUAUAAAUUUUCUCUCAUUCUUGAACCUUUCACAAAACCACCUUGAGGGAAUGAUACCUAAAGGUCAACAGUUUGAUACAUUUGGAAAUGAUUCCUAUGAAGGAAAUACAAUGUUAUGUGGAUUCCCAUUGUCUAAAUCAUGCAAAAAGGAUGAAGAUCGGCCAUCACAUUCAACAUCUGAAGAUGAAGAGGAAUCAGGAUUUGGUUGGAAAGCAGUAGCAAUAGGAUAUGUGUGUGGGGCAAUAUCUGGGUUGCUGUUAGGACAUAAUGUAUUCUUCGUUGGGAAACCUGCAUGGCUUGCAGGACUUGUUGAACAAAUGUUUAAUAUGCGACUGAAGAGAACAAACAACCGAGUCAGUGCAAAUCGCAGAAGAAUGAAUUAAUUUGAUGUUGAUUUUUAAAAAAAUAUAGAUAUGAUUGUUCGUAAUUUCAAUUUUUCUGUUUGAGUAAUGUUGUAUCAUCUGUUUUAAAAUUAGUAUGUUGUGUUUAUUUCAAGUUGCUACACAAGUUUAUUUAUUUGCAUAAAUUAUUUUCACAAGCUAAAAAAUAAGUCAUAUCUAAACGGGCACUUAAUAGAGGACUACUAGGUAAGAUUGUGGAGUUUGAAUUUUUUACAGUUCUGUGUAAAUUUCUUAGUCAGUAUCAAAAUCAGUAUAAAAUGUCUAAUUUCAUAUUU